AUGAAACCGUUUUUGACAGGACACUCAGACCUAGUGCACGAUAUUAGUUAUGACUUUUACGGUCGUCGAGUCGCAACAUGUUCCAGCGACCAACAUAUCAAGGUGUUCAAGCUAGACAAGGAAACGAAUGAGUGGGAAUUGAGCGAAAGUUGGAAGGCUCACGAUAGCAGUAUUGUGUCUCUUGAUUGGGCCGCACCAGAAUUUGGUCGUAUCAUCGCGAGUGUCUCAUACGAUAAGACUAUCAAACUAUGGGAGGAGGAUCCAGAUGCCCUUGAGUUAUCCGGAAAGCGUUGGCAAAAACUUUGUACGUUGAACGAUGCGACAGGACCGUUGUUCAGCGUAAAAUUUGCUCCAUCGCAUUUGGGACUAAGGCUAGCUGCAUUGGGGAAUGAUGGUAAGUUACGUCUUUAUGAUGCGUUAGAGUCUUCCGAUCUUAGGUCAUGGACCCUGACAAGCGAGAUUACCGUCUUAAAUACUCCACCUGCAUCACAUCUACAAUCGGAUUUUUGUCUGUCCUGGUGUCCCUCCAGAUUUUCAACAGAAAGAUUAGUUAUCAGUGCCAUGGAUCAGGCAACUAUCUACCAAAGAAACAAACAGGGAAAAUUGGUCCCAGCAGGACAUUUGAAGGGUCACACUGGAUUAAUCAGAUCCAUUGCGUGGGCACCAUCAGUGGGCAGGUGGUACCAAUUGAUCGCUACGGGCUGCAAAGAUGGGAAAUUAAGAAUAUUCAAAGUAACCGAAUCGCGUAACAACGGUACGAAUAUUAUAAACGAAGAAAACGAUAACAAUGCAAACAUAGAACGUGAUGGCCCACCCAUUGACAGCUCCGCCAUUGAUGCAGAUGGAUCAGUGGCUAACCUUCACGUCGAGCUGAUCAGCGAACAUUCAGACCAUCAGGGCGAGGUAUGGUCCGUAUCUUGGAAUCUCACAGGUACAAUCCUAAGUAGUACCGGAGAUGAUGGUAAGAUUCGGUUAUGGAAAGCAUCUUACUCGAACGAGUUCAGGUGUAUGAGUGUGGUACAAGCGGCAAGGUGA